AGGGAUGCUGGGCGGCGGCGGCGGUGGGGGUGCCGGGUCUCACCCCCCGCCCUCGGGCCCGCCUCCAGGCCCGUCGCCUCCGCCGCCUCCGCUGCCCGUGCCGCCGCCUUCUUCUUCGCCGGGCUCUCCGCCUUCUUCUCCCCGCUCUCCGUGCCGGGCUCUGCCGGGGCCGCUGCUGCACCCGCGGACGGGCCGCCUGGUCUCGGUGUCUCGGGGCGGGAGGACGGCCUCUCGCUCCCAGCCCGGCCAGGAGUUCAACCACGGCCUGGUCCUCAGCAGGGAGCCCCUCGCCCCCGGAGCCCUCUUCACCGUGAACUCCUGGAGUGGCUCCAUCGAAAUCGGGGUGACAGCCUUAGACCCCAACCACCUGGACUUUCCUAGCAGUGCCACGGGCCUCAAAGGGGGCUCCUGGAUCAUUUCGGGCUGCUCGGUGCUGCGGGACGGCCGCUCCAUCCUGGAGGAGUACGGCCAGGACCUGGACCAGCUGGGUGAAGGCGACCGGGUGGGCAUCCAGCGCACGGCCAGCGGGGAGCUGCGCCUCUGGGUCAACGGGCAGGACUGUGGGGUGGCCGCCACUGGGAUCCCGCCCCAGGUCUGGGCUGUGGUGGACCUCUACGGCAAGUGCACCCAGAUCACGGUGGUGCCCAGCAACACAGACGAGGCGGAAGAGGGUACCGCUCAGGAAGAAGCUCUGGACCUGCCAUGCAACCAGAACCGACCGGAUAAGUUUCCCAACAGCUUGGAGUCGGAGAAUGGCUUCUCCAGCAUGGAGCUCUCGGAGGUGGUGAGCAACGCUAUCCUGUCAGCCUACAACGGGAGCCUCCUGAACGUGAACCUGGGCAGCCCUCCUUCCGACUCCGCUCCCUGCGGGGGGCCCCCCAUCACCUCCAACGACGCCCUCCUCUUCCACGAGAAGUGCGGCACCCUCAUCAAGCUCAGCAACAACAACAAGACGGCCGAGCGGCGGAGGCCCCUGGACGAGUUCAACAACGGAGUCGUCAUGACCAACCGCCCUUUGAGGGACAACGAGAUGUUUGAGAUCCGAAUCGACAAAUUGGUGGAUAAGUGGUCAGGAUCCAUCGAAAUUGGGGUCACCACACACAACCCCAAUAACCUGGAGUACCCGGCGACCAUGACCAACCUGCGCUCAGGAACCAUCAUGAUGAGCGGCUGCGGCAUCCUGACCAACGGCAAAGGGACGAGGAGGGAGUACUGUGAGUUCAGUCUGGACGAGCUUCAGGAAGGAGACCACAUUGGCUUGACUAGGAAAUCCAACAACGCCCUUCACUUUUACAUCAAUGGUAUUGACCAAGGCGUGGCCACCACCCUCACUCCACUGGUCGUCUACGGCGUGGUGGACCUCUACGGCAUGGCCGUCAAAGUCACCAUCGUCCACAACCACAACCACAGCGACCGCCUCCGGCGCAACAACGCCAUCAUGAGGGCCCUCUCGCCGGAUGUGGGGCGCCGCGCCAUCGACGCCGGGGGGAACGAGCCGGAGCCGGAACGACUCCUUUUCCACCCGAAUUGCGGACAGAAGGCCGCCAUCAUCAAUGAGGGACGCACGGCACUUCGGCCCCAUGCUACGGAUGACUUCAAUCAUGGGGUGGUCUUGAGCAACCGGCCGCUUCGCAACGGGGAGGUCUUCCAGGUGCGCAUUGACAAGAUGGUGGACAAAUGGGCUGGCUCCAUUGAGAUCGGCGUCACUACGCAUAACCCGACCUACCUGCAAUUGCCUUCCACCAUGACCAACCUACGGUCAGGCACUUGGAUGAUGACAGGAAAUGGCGUGAUGCACAACGGAACGACCAUCUUGGACGAAUAUGGACACAACCUGGACCGACUGAAGGCAGGCGACACGGUGGGAGUGGUGCGCAAGGAAGACGGGACACUGCACUUCUUUGUCAACGGCGUGGCACAAGGGCCAGCUGCGUGGAACGUCCCACCAAACAUCUACGCUGUGGUGGACCUGUACGGGCAGGCGGCCCAAGCGACCAUAGUGGAUGACACGGACCUCCUUCCGCUUCCGGAUGACUUCUCUGAAGGAAACAACCAGCUUUCUCCCAGCAGCCCUUCCUCCAUCGCCUCCGGGAGCGACCUGCGCUUCCACCACCUCCACGGCAAUAAUGCUGUCAUCACCAAUGGCGGACGCACGGCUCUGCGCCAGAAUUGCCGGAGCGAGUUCAACGACGCCAUCGUUAUCUCAAAUCGACCUCUCCGAGAUGGGGAGCUCUUUGAAAUAAUCAUUCAGAAGAUGGUGGACCGCUGGUCUGGUUCCAUCGAAGCAGGUGUAACCGCCAUCCGUCCCGACGACCUGGAGUUCCCCAACACGAUGACGGAUAUUGAUUACGACACAUGGAUGCUGAGUGGGACAGCCAUCAUGCAGGAUGGGAACACCAUGCGCAACAACUACGGCUGUGACUUGGAUUCACUGACCACGGGGUCACGCAUUGGCAUGAUGCGCACAGCCAAGGGCGACCUGCACUAUUUCAUCAACGGUGUCGACCAGGGAGUGGCCUGCUCUGGAUUGCCUCCGGGGAAAGAGGUCUAUGCUGUGGUCGAUCUGUACGGCCAGUGUGUCCAGGUGUCCAUCACCAGUGCCACCGGACCCAUGGACAACAGCCUGUCCACCAGUAACAUCACGGAGAAGUCCUUUCCCAUCCACUCGCCAGUGCCCGGGGUGGCCCACCGCUUCCACAGCAGCUGUGGCAAGAAUGUGGCUUUCCAGGAUGACGGCUGCAAGGCUGUGCGGGUGAGCAGUUACUGCCACGGCAUUGUCUUCAGCAUGAAGGAGUUGAAGACGGACGAAAUCUUUGAGGUUAAGAUAGACGAACUGGACGAGAAGUGGUCCGGCUCGGUCCACGUGGGCCUGACCACGCUGCUCCCACUGGACGCCCCCUACACGGUCACGGGCCUCCCACCCUCCAUCCUGGAGCUGCGUUCCAAAGUGACCUGGCUGAUGACGGGCUCCGAGGUGCGGCGGAACGGGAUCCUGCAGAAGCAGAACUACGGAUGCUCCCUGGAACGCCUUGGGGUGGGGAGCCGGGUGGGAGUGAAGCGCUGUACCGACGACACCAUGCACAUCCUGAUCGACGGAGAGGACAUGGGGCCGGCUGCAACUGGUGUGGCCAAGAAUGUCUAUGUGGUUUUGGAUCUCUAUGGCCGGGUCACAUCCGUCUCCAUUGUCAGCUCGACGGCCCUGGAAGAGGCGGACGGCACCAAGCCCCCCUCGGUGACCUCGGAACCCUACAGCGAGGAAGAGGAGGAGGAAGAGGCCGUCCCGGCUGAAAACGAAACACCAGCAGUGACCUCCUCCAUGGAGUUCCUUGAAAACCAUGGGAAGAACAUCCUCCUCUCCAAUGGCAACCUGACAGCCGCCCGCGUCUCGAGCUAUAACCAGGGGAUCGUAGUGGUGGCCCAGCCUCUCCCUCAGCAGCAGCUUUUCCAGUUCCAGAUAGACUCCCUGAAUCCGCAGUGGACCUCCUCGCUCUCUUUGGGCGUCAUCGGCAGCAACCCCGAGCGGCUCAACUUCCCGGCCACGGCCUGCUCCCUCAAGCGCUCCACCUGGCUGCUGCAGCGGGACUCGGUUUUUCACAACUCCCUCAAGGUCUGUGAGAACUACGGCCCCAACCUGGACACUUGCCCUGAAGGGACGGUUCUGGGCCUCCUGGUAGAUGCCAGCAACUGCCUCCACCUCUUCGUCAAUGGGAUGGACCAAGGGGUGGCCGCGCAGGACAUCCCCAGCCCCUGCUACGUCCUCAUCGACCUUUAUGGGCAGUGCGAACAGGUUACCAUCGUCACCAACGACACUCCUGCGGUGGGGGCCGAGGGAGCUGACCCCCAUGGACAGGGAGACAUGGAGAAGGCCGACAUGGUGGACGGGAUCAAGGAGAGCGUAUGUUGGACUCCCCCAGUGGACCUGAACACCACCAAGACCUGCGAAUACCAUGCACUCUGCGCACGCUUCAAGGAUCUCCUCCUCCUCCCAGAUGAUUAUUUUGCCGAGGACCCCAAGUUCAGCCUCUGCUACUGUGAGUCUUGCCACAAACUCCGAGGGGAUGAACCCUACUACAAACGAGGAGAGCCACCCCGGGAUUACGCCUUGCCCUUUGGAUGGUGCCGCUUCAACCUCAGGGUGAAUCCCCGGCUGGAGGUGGCCAGCACUUCUAAGAAGUGGCACAUGGCCUUUCACGGGACGAGCAUCGGGGCCAUACGGCGCAUGUUGGAUCAAGGAGAGCUGGUGCCUGGAAGUACCUCCAUCUUGAGCUGCCGCCCGGUCAAGGCGGACCCCCAGGGAGGAGGGGGCGGAGGUGGGGGCGGCGGCGGGGGCGGGGGCAGCGGCAGCGGAGGGUACCUCGAGUCGGAGGAGAACUGUUCGCAAGGCCGGGAGGAGCUCCAGCGUGUCCUGCUGUCGCCGACUCUGCGCUACGCCGGGCUGGAGCCUUUUGCCACCAAAGUGCAAUUCAAAGACCCCAAGUCUCACCGGCAGCACACCGCCCAGGUGGCCUUCCAGGUGUGCGUCCGGCCGGGGUCUUACAAGGUGUGUGCCCAGUCGCUGGCGGCGCCCGAGCCCCUGGACCCCCGCUUCAGCAGUGCCGAGAUCGAGUGGGUCACCAAGGAGAAAGGCGCCACGGUCCUGUACGGCCUCCUCGUCCGGGUGGAGUGAGAGCCCCCUCCUCAUCCUCGAAUGGGAUCGGGAUCCUUACGACCGACGUGCCAUGGCAUCGGAGGCGGGGGACAAGGGGAGUGGGUGGGCCUGGGUCUUGCCAAAAACUGAUUCCGCCCUUGGCCGGAGACCCUUGGCCGACGACCUGCCCUCUUACGCACAGACCGGGUGGAGCCUGCGGUUCUGACACACGCUUCACACAAUGGGCACAAGAGGCUCGCUGGGAGGGGAGACACGGCGGUGGCGCAACCCCUCUUCCUCCUCUUCCUCCUCCUCCUCCUCGAUGGCUGCUGUCCCCUCCGUACCCCUUUCCCCCCCUUUUUUUUGCACAGAGGCGAGACAAAGCUAGGGGGAGGGAGGGCCAGGUGUGGAGUGUGGAGUGGAACCUUUUAUUUACAAAGCAUGAAGAAGGGUUUUAAGGGUUUUUUGGCGGGGCACCGGGUGGGGGACGGCAGCGGGAUGAUGAAGAGUUGUGUAGUGGCCACAAAUGGACUUGGUUGACUUUUGUUUCCCCACUGGGAUGGGAGGGAGGGAGGGCGGCCUUUCCCUAAGGUCCUGGGGCCUUCUCUACUGACAGAACUUCCUUUUCCCUCCUUCCCUCCCUCCCCACAUGUCUUUCAACCCCUUUGUAUUAAUGGGGGGAAGAGUUGGGAUGAAUGAAUUGUUUUGCGUGGGAAAGAGAAAUCGGUAGGCUUGCGAUCCAAGCAGGGUUAGACCUUUUAGAAAGAUGUGUGUUUUGUUGGGCCGGUGGAAGUGGAAAACCCCACCAUCUUGUCCCGAAGAGGCAAAUUGAUUAUUAUUACUACUAUUAUUAUCAGAGAUGAGGGAGGAUUUUGCCUUUGUAGUCCUGUUUGUGUCAGCAUUGUCCUCCGUGGAAGCUCGCUUAAUUUCGCUCUUCCCAAAAAACCAGAUUCCUCCUGCCAAGAAAGUCCUAGACAAUCAAGGCGAGGAGGCAAGAAAUGGGGAUAGUGUGAGCUUGCUAGAGUUUUAAUUCACGCAGACAAUUAAACCCAUUUAGAAGGUUUGAAGUGGGCAGCUGGGUUUGGAAAGGACGUCACAUUGAUUGCAGAUGGACUCAAAAUAGGGUCAUUCUUUCGCUGCACCCACCGAAGAUUAAGCGUCCCGAGAAUCCCUCAAAUACGACAAGCACACCUCUGACAUUCAGACUUUUUUGGUUCAUUUUCCUGCUCAUUUUCUUCCAUUUGGACAGUUGCCUUGAUCCAUCCCUUGGUAUAUGAUUUUUUUUUUGUUCUCUUCCCCUCCCUUCCCUUAUUUAUUUAUUUUUGUGUUGGUUGUCAAACAAAUAAACAAACAAACAAAAAUGUGAAUUGUUUAAAAGGGGCGGGGAAGGGUACAAGGCUCAAAAACGGCCACCCUUUUUCUCCCCCUUUGAUUUCUAUUAUAUUUUAAAUGGUAUUUAUGCUGCUUUUUUCACUUUAUGUGUUGGAAAAAUGACAUGCAUUACUUUUUGUACAUCUGUCUCGAGCUGAAAGGGUUUAUUUUUUUCUUUUUGUCGUUGUUGUCUUUGUUCCGGACAAAAAGUUUAAAAGGUUGUACAGCGCGUUCUCCCUCCUCUCCCGUCUUGCAAGGGUUUAUAAACCACGAUUCAACUGGU